AUGGAUCUUGAUAUCAUCCAGACAUAUGGACCCGGAAUGUCCUUCUAUCGGUCGCAGAUAAAAUUGUCGUCUUCGGAUGAGAAUGGCAAGGCUGCCAGAGCGACAGUAUCAUCGCUAUCGAGAUACUCCUCGGCCCUCCAAUUGUUGCAGACCAGCAACCAGAAUUUGGACCAUAAACUGAGCCGGUUGCGCUCCAACGUCAUUAAGCUGAAUGUUGAUUUGGGCAAGCUUCAACAUCACGUCAAGGCGUUUCACAACGAACUCCUAACCACAUGGCAAGCUGACACGCUUACCCGACUGGUCGAAGUCAUCUACGAGCGACAGGGGUGGAAGCUCCCCGGAGGUGUUGCAGUAGGCGAUCAUAUCCACCUUGGCCGGGAGAGACAGACACGAAUCAUGUCCACGGCCGCGAGAAGGAUCAGAAAGUCAAUCCUAAAAAAGAAUUUUGGACUCUCCGGGCGGUACUACUCGGCUCUACAGCGAUACACCGAAAUUGUGCACAUGCGCAGUACGAAUUCUUUCCGGACCGAAUGCACCUUUGCUCGAAGAUUAGUGUCAGAAAAGGAGAAUCACUGGGGCAUGUAUCGAUUUUGGGGGACACUAUUUCCCCUGUGCUAUAGUCGGUCGGUGGAGGAGAGCGCCGAGAUAUUCUGAUAUUAUUC